CGCUCGGCUUUGACGUCCGGAUGCCCCGCCCCCACGCGCUGGCCGCGGCAAGAUGGCGGCGGAGAUGAGCGGCGUGGUGCGGGACGCCGAUCUCUGACUAUCAAAUUUGUCCCUAAGAAGUUAACUUGGAGGACUGCUUCUCUAUCCCAACACCGGGAAGCUGGUUGACAGCAUGAAGGUCUUCUGUGGGCGAGCCAAUCCAACCACGGGAUCUGUGGAGUGGCUGGAGGAGGAUGAGCACUACGAUUACAACCAGGAGAUUGCCAGGUCAUCUUAUGCAGAUAUGUUGCAUGACAAAGAUAGGAAUAUAAAAUAUUACCAGGGUAUUCGGGCUGCUGUGAGCAGGGUGAAGGACAGAGGACAGAAGGCCUUGGUUCUUGACAUUGGCACUGGCACAGGACUCUUGUCAAUGAUGGCUAUCACAGCUGGUGCGGACUUCUGCUAUGCUAUCGAGGUUUUCAAGCCUAUGGCUGAUGCUGCUGUGAAGAUUGUGGAGAAAAAUGGCUUCAGUGAUAAAAUUAAGGUUAUCAAUAAACAUUCCACGGAAGUGACUGUCGGGCCAGAUGGUGAUAUGCCAUGCCGUGCCAACAUCCUGGUCACAGAACUGUUUGAUACUGAACUGAUUGGGGAGGGAGCACUUCCAUCCUAUGAACAUGCACACAGAUAUCUUGUGCAGGAGAAUUGUGAAGCAGUGCCUCACAGAGCAACUGUCUAUGCCCAGCUGGUGGAGUCCAGAAGAAUGUGGUCAUGGAACAAGCUGUUUCCUGUCCAUGUUCAGACCAGCCUCGGGGAUCAGGUCAUCGUACCCCCCUCAGAACUGGAGAGGUGCCCUGGUGCACCCUCUGUCUACGACAUUCAGCUGAACCAAGUAUCACCGUCUGACUUCACUCUCCUCAGUCCUGUGCUACCUAUGUUCAGUGUGGACUUCAGCAAGCAAGUCAGUAGCUCAGCAGCCUGCCACAGCAAACAGUUUGAACUUCUGGCAUCUGGCCAAGCUCAGGUGGUUCUCUCCUGGUGGGACAUUGAAAUGGACCCCGAGGGGAAGUUCAAGUGCACCAUGGCUCCUUUUUGGGCACAUUCAGACCCAGAGGAGCUCCAGUGGCGGGACCACUGGAUGCAAUGUGUGUAUUUCUUGCCACAAGAGGAGUCUGUUGUACGGGGUAUGGCCCUCUGCUUGGUCGCCUACCAUGAUGACUACUGUGUAUGGUAUAGCCUUCAGAGGAUCAGCCCUGAAGAGAAUGGGAAAGUCCACCAGAUGCGCCCUGUGUGCGACUGCCAGGCUCAUUUGCUCUGGAACAGGCCUCGGUUUGGAGAGAUUAAUGAUCAGGACAGAACUGAUCAGUAUGCUCAGGCUUUGAGGACUGUGCUGACCCCGGACAGCAUCUGCCUCUGUGUCAGUGAUGGAAGUCUACUAUCCAUGCUGGCACAUCACCUUGGGGCAGAGCAGGUAUUUACCAUUGAGAGUUCAGCAGCUUCCCAUAAACUGAUGAAAAAGAUCUUCAAGGCUAACCACUUGGAAGACAAAAUUAGUAUCAUUGAGAAACGGCCUGAGUUGCUAACUUCUGCAGACCUGGAGGGUAAGAAGGUCUCUCUCCUCUUGGGUGAGCCCUUCUUCACCACCAGCCUUCUGCCGUGGCACAACUUGUACUUCUGGUAUGUCCGCACUGCCGUGGACCAGCACCUGGAGCCUGGUGCUGUGGUGAUGCCCCAGGCUGCUUCCCUGUACGCCAUGAUUGUGGAGUUCAAGGACCUGUGGCGCAUCCGGAGCCCCUGUGGUGAUUGUGAAGGCUUUGAUGUGCACAUCAUGGAUGACAUGAUUAAGCGGGCCCUGGAUUUCCGGGAGAGUAAGGAGGCGGAACCCCACCCACUGUGGGAGUACCCCUGUCGCAGCCUCUCUGCACCCCAGAGGAUCCUGACCUUUGAUUUUCAGCAGCCUGUCCCCCAGCAGUCUGUGCGUGCUGAAGGCUGCUUGGAGCUGAGGCAGCCUGGGAAGAGCCAUGGGGCUGUUCUGUGGAUGGAAUACCACCUGACGCCAGACAGUACAGUCAGCACUGGCCUCCUGAAGCCUGUGGAAGACAAGGGGGACUGUUGCUGGAACCCCCAUUGCAAGCAGGCCGUGUACUUCCUUAGCACCACUCCGGAUCCUAGAGUGCUGCUGGAUGGCCCUCAGACAGUCAGCUAUGUGGUGGAGUUUCACCCUCACACUGGAGAUGUCACCAUGGAGUUCAGGCUCAUUCACACUCUGGUCUGACACCCCCAACCCCCUAAUUGAGAAAUAAAGGCUAUAGACUCUGAA